CAUGCCGGAGGCGCCAGAGCGGAAGUGGGACGCCGGGCAGCGGCGGUAUCUUGUUGAGCCUGAGGCGACAUCUCCCUCCUAAUUCAUCCCAGCCCAUGAGUGACCCAACAGCUUCAAGGGAGAGAGAUCUCUCUGGCAGCUGCACUGCAGGAGAUGAUAUUUCCAACACCGAUCCGAACGAUUUGAAACCCAAGCUGAUGACCAUAUGUGCAGAGAUGGCUCCUGGAAUAGUUGGCACACAGUCCGUCUCCAGUAGCGCCAGCUCGCUGAAAAGAAAAAAAUCUCAUUCUGAGACUGACGGUCUUGGGAAUGGCGUACGGAAUUCUGCAGAGGAGGACCAGGUCGCCAGUCUCAGCUGUGCAGAAGGGCAACAUGGCCAGUCUGCCCAAAGAGAAGAAGGUGAAGAAAUGGACUGCCAGCAGCCAAGAACUAGCACCAGCUUAGUCCCUCUUUCCGGAGUGAGCUUAAGCCCUAAGAAACGGAAGCUGGUUCUACACAUAGACUUAAACAACACGAUCGUAGUGUCUGAUGCUGUCACUGGUCAGGACCCCAGAGCUGCUCUAAACUAUUUCCUGAGCACUGUGACCUGGGGGGAAAUCAGCCCAACAGGCAAGUGGCAGUGGCUGAGCGAGUCUCCCUCCUUGCUCCCUCCCUGCCCGGGGGCCGUGACUUUUUACUCCCAGUACGGCCGUAACACCCGAUUCACAGACACGCCGCACGGGCGGAAGUUCCGCGAUCUUCUCAAGCGCCACCUGCAGCUUCUGGAGUGGCAGGGGCCUCCUCACCCGCUGCUCUCCACCCCCGGUGAGCGUGGCAAGCACUACCACUUGGUGCUGCCUUCCUUCUUCCGCCUCUUGGAGAGCCUGCACCGGGAAGGGAGGCACUUUGCCGUCGUCUUCCGCACCUUUGGCACGGACUUGGCUCGCGUCCUGAAGGCAGUGCGCUGUGCCCUGGAGGGGGAGCACCCCCACUUCCCUGCGCUGCGGGAUGUCUCGCUGCCGGUGGACAUCAGUCCUGGAACGAUACGUUGCAGCAAGCGAAAGGUGGUGUUGACCCAGGGAGCAGGGCGGCUCUCCAGUGAAGAUGGCGACAGGGAACUGUACCUCUACAUCAGCUCCAGGGAAGGCCUUUGUGGCUUCCAGGAUCACUUUGACUGGUGGGCCAGGAACCAGUUCUCCAGCCGAGGAGGGAAGCCCCUUUGGAUUGACCCUCACGACACAAGCACCCACCAUAUCUGUAUCGAUGACAACAUUCGCCUGAACGAUUCCGACACCAUCAUCCACCCUCGGGUGUUCUCAGGGCAAGGAAGCAGCUGUCUCCGCACGACCCCCACCUCCGAGCUGUACGACAUCUGCCUGGUUCAAACAGACCUCCUGGGGGCCAUUGCCGACCCAAGCUAUUUCUGCCGCUGCGUCCGACGGUGCGAGGAGAACUAUGAGAGCUACCUGGCCAGUGCUGGGGGGAGUUGUUGCACCUAAAGUGGGGCUGGCCUGCGGGAAAGUCUCCCCUCGUGUACCAUGUGGAGUUUGCAAGAGGAGAAUCUUCUGUUUGGCACCUCUCUCUGGGUGUCGGGGGUUCCCACUGGAGUCGCCAUGCUUCCUUUUGCUUCCGGCUCAGAGCCCUGCGUGGGAAAUUCUUUGGUACAGCCUGCAAGCCCAGAAAGCAGGUUUUCUGGUGCUGUCUGAACCUGAUCACCUGAACAGAGGCUUUCUUCCUAUUAAUAUUGAUUCAGAUGUCGGAGGACGAGCUCAUGGAGAGAUGGCUGACCUGGGCAAACCUCUGUCUUGAAGCACUUGCAACUGGCCCGUGGGCCCAACCUCGCUGGUCUCAGCCACAGCGUGGAGAAAAACCGCUGGCCUGUGAACACAGCCCGCCUUUCCAAGCAUUAAACUCCACUCCAGCUGCUCUUGUUUGUUUUUUGCCUGCAGCAGUGGCUGACCCCAGCGCAUAAAACCUAUUGCUAAGUGGGUCCCCAUGGGAGAGGUCCAGGGGUUAAGGCUUUUUUUCCCCUGGCACAGCUGAGCUAACUGAAGUUCGGCUGCUUGUGAAUUUUCCCCGUUUAGAGGAUUGUUCAUCUCUUCCCUGUUCAGGAACAGGACAGCUGCGAGAUCAUCCAGCAACCACCUUCCAAAACCUUUUGCUUUCAGAAACGAGAGCUUCACUUCAUUUCUCUCUGUGUGUGCAUGGACAGAAAGAAGCCGGUCCUCAUGAUGCUAGGGGGAGCUCCUAAGUCCCUGUGGUCCAGGGAAGGUUCUGUGGCUCAGUGGUAGAGCAUCUGCUUUACAUUCAGAAGGUCCCAGGUGUUCAAUCCUUGACAUCUCCAGGUAGGCCUGUAGAGACCCCUUUCUGAAAUCCUGGAGAGCUUCUGCCAAUCAGUGCGGGCACACUGAGCUGGAUGGCGGACAGUCGGAUUCGGUAUUUUUUAUUUGUUUUGUUUCUUCAUCGCUUUUCAUUCAAAUGAAUCCCAAAGCGGCUUACACACAAUAUUCGUUAUUUAUUUAUUUAUUUAUUUAAACCAAUCUUCAUCAACACAAUACACACAAUAUUCAUUCAUUCAUUAUUUAUUUUAUCUAUCUAUCUAUCUAUCUAUUUAUUUUAGCCGAUCUUCAUCGAGAGAUCUCGGGGCAGUUCACGGAAUAAAAUAAUAAAUAAAUAAUAAUAACACGAUAGAAUGUAAAAGCCCAUCACAAAUGCAGCAUAAAACAUAUGGAACAAUUAACAAAUCGCCAGUGAGGCAACGCCGCUAACCGAGCAGCAAACUGAAAAAUUAGCUGAACAUCACAGCUAAAGCAAAAGUUGCACCAUGUGAUGAACAAGCAACACAGCCCUUAUGAGCUAUAAAACAAUAUCAACAACAUGAAUAGAACAGCAGCCAAAACCACAAACUUAGCACUAGGUUCGCGCACAGCCCCAUGGCUCAUAAUCUGCCACUGUCUAGCUCCUUCCUUCUGGAAGCUCCUUGGGCUGGAGGUGGGGCAGCCCAGGUGAAACCAGCCACCCUUGAUGGCAAACAGAGCCUCUCCCCUCUGGAAACAGCUCCCUUGCAAAGGCUCCCAGGGCUGGAGGGUGGGGCAGGUCAGGUGGGAAAAGCCAUUGCCUUGUGGCCAGCAGCGAUUCUCUCUCACACACAUCGUACAGUAUCUCAUACGGCAGCUUCCUAGCUUCCCAUCAGCCCCAGUGAGCCUGGCCCAACGGCUGGGGUGAUAGAUGUGCUCUAAGGACAGCGGAGGGCCCCAUGUUUGCCAUCCUUGCCUCAAUUCUGCUUGCUUGCCCAGCUCUUCCUGUUGUACGGGAGGAGGGUUUUUCUUAAAAAGCAAGCAAGCAAACAAAACCCGCACCCAAUUCUUUAUAGAACAGCGAGAGCAGCCUUCUGACUGUUGUAGCUCUUUGUGGCGAGCUCUUGUGCUAGCAGGAUUCCCACCCACCCCGCCGAGAGGCUGGCUGUGCCUAUUGCUGCUGCUGCAAGGCCACAGCUCCUGUUUGCUGCUUGAAAGAGGAGUUUGACAGAAGAGCUUUACCUCCCCAGCAGCGGGAGGCUGAGCCCAACUCCUUUGCCCAGGCAUUGGCAGAAAGCCGGCAGAGGACCAGCUUGGGGAAGCUAUUGUUCCUAGUCGGCUUCAAGUCUUUUCAGGUUGUACACACACACACACACACACACACACACACACACACACACACACACCCUUUUGCUGAGCUGCUGAGCCAAAUGUAGCAUAAAGUGCGAAAGAGCCUUGAGAGAGCAGGAAUUUUGCUCAUUUGAAGAUUGUCUUGAAGGCGAGAUCGUAGAAUCGUAGAGUUGGAAGGAACCCCAAGGGGCAUCUAGUCCAACCCUCUGCAAUGCAGGAAUCUCGGCAAAAGCAUCCAUGGCAGAUGGCAACCCAGCCUCUGCUUAAAAACCUCCAAGGGAGGAGAGCCCACCACCUUCCCAGAGAGUCCGUUCCACUGUCGAACAGCUCUUACUAGCAGAAAGGCCUUCCUGAUGUUGAGUGAGAAUCUCUUCUUCCCUGUCGCCUGCGUAUGCCACAGAAGAGCUUCCAGCAGGCAGUUUCAAAGUUGGAACAGAAACCCGGUGGAUUUUCACAGACCAAACCAGCUUAUUCCUUUCUGUUAGGUCCAUCUCUAUCGCACCCCUUUUUGACUGUCACAGGCUUUUAGGAAGAGAAGCAUCUCAAAAUAUAUGUUAGAUAUGCAACUAAAGAAACUGCAUGGGCACUAAAUGCUAUCUUGCAUUUGCCUCUUGGAGGUUGUUAUGUUUUGUUUUACCUUUAAAAACUCAUUGGAUGGAUUUGAGGAGGAUACACGGAUCCAUGAUGAUUAACCAUAUUAGGUAAAAAAAACCAACCCCUCCAUAUUCAGAGAUGAUAUACCCCCGGAUAUUGAGCCCUGCAGAAGUCCUCUUGCUUCCAUGCUUUGUUCCUGCAUGUCUCAGUGGCAUCUGUCAGGACAAGGGGUGCUGGGUUCGAUGGAUCCUCGCUUUGGUCCAGCUUGUUCUUUGGCUCUUUGGAAGAAGGGUGCGCCAGAGCCUGGGGAGAAGCCAUCAAGUGUACUUUUCUGGGUGUCAUUCCUGUUCAUAAUGUGUGGAGGAGAAUGCAGUUAAGGGGUUGCCAAGGAGUUGUCAAUAGGAGUAUAGCAUCUAGAUCUAGGGAAGUAAUAGUACCACUGUAUUCUGCUCUGGUCAGACCUCACCUGGAGUACUGUGUCCAGUUCUGGGCACCACAGUUCAAGAAGGAUACUUACAAGCUGUAACGUGUCCAGAAGAGAGCAACCAAAAUGGUCAAAGGCCUGGAAAUGAUGUCUUAUGAGGAACGGCUUAGGGAGCUGGGUAUGUUUAGCCUGGAGAAGAGAAGGUUAAGGGGUGAUAUGAUAGCCAUGUUCAAAUAUACAAAAGGAUGUCAUAUGGAGGAGGGAGAAAUAUUGUUUACUGCUGCUCCAUAGAAGCAGACACGGAGCAAUGGAUUCAAACUACAAGAAAGAAGAUUCCACCUAAACAUUAGGAAGAACUUCCUGACAGUAAGAGCUGUUCGGCAGUGGAAUUUGCUACCAAGGAGUGUGGUGGAGUCUCCUCCUUUGGAGGUCUUUAAGCAGAGGCUUGACAGGCAUAUGUCAAGAAUGCUUUGAUGGUGUUUCCUGCUUGGCAGGGGGUUGGACUGGAUGGCCCUUGUGGUCUCUUCCAACUCUAUGAUUCUAUGAUUCUAAGGAAGCAGAGGGGAGGAGGUGACUUAUUUAGUGCAUAGGAUUCAAGGUGUUGCUGGCAUAAAAGGUUCGUCAAGCAGGCAACAGACAUAACCAGCGUGCUCCGUCCUAAGGGUGUCUGUGUGUAGAUGGGAAAGCAUGGAGAACCAGCCUGAUCCCAUGAAGGCAGCUGCAGAAUCAGCUCAGAUUUCCACCUCGGUCUGAUUUGGGCCCACCCACACAUCCACGCCGAGGCCGGAAAUACGGGUUGGGUGGAUCUAUGCAAAGCGCAAUGCGUGUUUUGAUUCUUCUUCCAGCUUAUAGGGGCACCAGUGCUUGCUGUGUCACCUCCAGCUCCCUUCUGCAGCAGCGCACUGAGUGGCAGCUGGGCGACCCACAAGGGCUUCCCCACCAGCUGAAACCUGGGCACGCUCCUGCUGCUGUGGGCACGGCAUCAGCUGCGAAUGGAAAUGAGUAAUCUCCUGUCUCACAGGAGUAUUAUGGAGAUGCUUGAGGCUCUUGCAGGGCAGUUUGCACAUUUAAAAAGUGUUCUGCAAACUGUCCUCUCGGGGUGACUGAUUCAAGGUGUUUGCCUCCCUAUUUUUGCCCCCAAAGAUACCCAGAAGCGGCUCGCUACCUUGGCUGUUGGCAGCGGCUGCAAUAAUAAUAAUAAUAAUAAUUUAUUUAUACCCGCCCUCCCCAGUCAAAACCAGGCUCAGGGCGGCUAACACCAAUAAAAUUAAAAUAAGACAUAAAAAGCAAUUAAUUAAAAUACAGAUUAAAAUACAAUAUUAAAAUUUAAAAUGCAGCCUCAUUUUAAGUAGUCCAUAAAUCCAAACCAUGAGGGAGGAAAACACAGGGGCCAGACUGAAUCCAACCCAAAGGCCAGGCGGAACAGCUCUGUCUUGCAGGCCCUGCGGAAAGAUGACAAAUCCCUCAGGGCCCUGGUCU